AUGAAGCGCUGCGGCUUCUCGGUUCUGGCAAUGAUCUUCCUCGUCCUCUGCCCGCGCCAGGCUCAGUCUGGGUUCCCGUGGAAGAAGUCCAUGGAGAAGCCUGGAUUCUGCCCCGAGUUUACCAUGUCCUGCCCUUUCACGCGUUUACCUUCCUGCUGGCGCGAUCAAAGUUGCAAGGGCACCAAGAAGUGCUGUUUCUUCAACUGUAAACAGCAGUGCAUGGAUCCUUGGGACUCAGUAGAAAGGCUUCUUCCCGGAGCCUGA